AUGGGAUCGAAUGCAGUCAUUAGAGAAAGUGCUGGCAUAAGAGAUACAUUUUCUUUAUACUAACAUUUAUAAGUACUUUCAAGAACUGAAGAAACAAAUCCGGCUUCAUUAGAUUUUCUUUAUGAAACAGACUUAUAAACUAAUGAAAAAAAAUAAGUUCUUGUUUCUAGAUCUUUAAAAUCUAUUAUUUAUGAUUAAUCUCAUUAUAAUGAACCUAUUUUAUCCUAAAUUUCAAUUCCUUAAUCUCUUUCUUUAAUUGCUUUAAAUUCUUUUAGUCAUAUAAUUUAAGGAACAACAAGAGGAUAUGAUGAUUUGUUUCCUUAAAAAGUAAAAAUAGUAAAAGAACGAAGACUUUAUUUACCAAAACCUGAAAUAAAGUGUGAAGAAAUUUAAUAUUCAGAAAUCGAAGUUGGCUUUAUUGUAAAGUAUUCUUGUUAAUUUUACGAAGGUUUCGUUAUGGGAAGUUGGGACAAUUGGUAAAAGGGAAUCCCCUUACAACAUAUAGGUUCUGAUGAAUAUAACAGCAUUUUCUCAAUAGUCGCCUUAAAUGAUCUUGAGUAUUUGAAAGGCUUAGAAUGUCUUGCUCUAGAAGAAGAUAAUAUUUAUAAAUAUGCAGAAGUUAGACUUACAGAUGAUAAAAAAAAAUCCGUUUUGCACUUUUAUAAUGCUCCUUAAUCUCUUUGUGUCAUAUUGAAGUGUUCUCUUAGAGAAGAACAACAAUAGGCUAUCAAAUAAUUAAAUACUUUGUAUGAGAAUAUGUGUGAAAAUUAAACUUGUGUACAAAAUUUAAAAAGCUUAAAAGCUCAAGACAUAAACUUUUUGCUAUACUCUAUUGAAUAAGAAGAAAAAAUGGUUACAGGAGAAUCCUUAUAUCAAAUUCCAGGCUAAGGAAGCCUUUUCUUUGCUGGAUUCGGAGGAAUUCUUCCUUAAGGUUCUUUCUUAAUUCCUAAAUUAUAUGAUGAUGCUAAAGCAUUAAUUUUGACUUUUGCCUAAACUAUAAAACAUGGAUUGAUAGCAAACUAACUAGAUUCUAUUGAAAAUUUACGUUAUAACUCAAGAGAUGCUUGCUGGUGGUUUAUAAAAGCGAUCAGUGAUUAUAUUUUGUUUACUAAAGACUACUCUAUUUUAAAGGAAAAAGUUUAUAUACUAUUCUUAUCUGAUGAUAUCCUUGAAGACAGGAAAUUUAAACAAUAAAAGUAAUAAAAAAUACUUCCUUUAUAAGAUAUAAUCCAUUAAAUAUUCUAAAAGCAUGCAAAAGGCAUCAAAUUUAGAGAAUGGAGAGCUGGAUUCGAACUUGAUUCUGCACUGCUUACUGAAGGCUUUAACAUUGAACUUAAACUUUGUGAAACUACUGGUUUUAUUAUUGGGGGUAAUAAUAAAAAUGCUCUUACUUGGAUGAAUAAAAUUGGAUCGUCUUAAAAAGCUGGAAAUAAAGGUUUUCCUGCUUGUUGUAGAGAUGGGGCUCCUAUAGAAUGUACUGCAUUAUUAAAAAGAGCUUUAAAAUUUGCAAUAAAUUGCAAAUAUUACCCUUAUACAGAAGUAGAAACACAUUCAGGAAGAAAGCUAAGCUUCAAAUAAUGGAGCUAAUUAAUAAAGGCUAAUUUCGAAAAGCAUUAUUGGAUACCAAUAAAUCCUAACCUUAAUGCAGAUGAUAGCAGCUAAUGUACUAAAUUUAUUACAAAAAGAAGUAUUUACAAAGAUACAUGCUUUUCUAAAAUUCCAAGGUAAGAAUAUUUAUUAAGACCAAAUGGAUGUAUUUCUAUUUGUUUAGCUCCAGAACUUUUCGUUAAAUAAAAUGCUUUGCUCUAUUUAGCGAAUGUGGAAGCUUAUUUAAUGGGAAAAAAUAGUAUUGGAUUAUAAACUUUAGAUAAGGAUGCUCCUGAAUAUGUUCCAGAUUUCGAUUUGGAUGAUAAUAGUAAUUAACCAAAAACUUCUUAGGGAUUUAGCUAGCAUAAUGGACCAGUUUUUUUUUUUUUUAUAUCUAAAAUUGUAAUCAAAAAUUAAAAAUAGGAAUAUGUUUGGCUUUUUGGUUAUUUUUUAAAAAGUUUAAUUAAGCUUUAUAAGAAAUAAUAUAUAAAAAAUGAAAAAAUAAUGAGCUAUCUUGCAUAUCAUAAAGAAAUGUUGAAAUAAAGCUCAAUAUUAUCACUGCCUGAAGUUACUAAAUAAAAUGGAGAAUUCUGUGCUUCUUCUUGCUAAAGUUACUCUUAAUCAAUUGCCCUUUUAAUCGAAAUUUCCUACGAUUGUAUUACUGUUAAAAAAUGA